AAAACAGAGGAAAGGAAAAGCAAAGAUUCCAUUUUUUCGAUCUUUUUUUACAUAAAGUCAAUAGUUUAUUUUAUUGUAAUGAAAUGACCAAAGCAGGUACUGUUGUUGUAUGUGUUUAUGACUUUGGUUCUGCUUUUAUAAAAUCAUCACUUCCAUCUCUCUGAGGCUCGAGGACACGGACAGACAGAGUUUUAUUUUCUUAAUCCGAGUUUAUUCUAUUUCAGUUCCAAGAUUACUUGUAUUGAUGAUCAUAUAGUUCUGAAUCAAGCAAGGUGAGAGAACGAGAGAGAUGGCGUUUGUGACCACUGCAGAAGUAUGUGACGCGAAUCAAGAUCUGAUCCGUAGUGGCCAGCUCAGAGCUCUGCAACCCUGUUUCCAGAUUUACGGUCGUCGUCAAAUAUUCUCAGGUCCUGUAGUUACCGUCAAAGUGUUUGAAGACAAUGGCUUGAUCCGUCAGUUUCUUGAAGAGAAAGGCAAUGGAAGAGUCCUUGUGGUGGAUGGUGGAGGAAGUCUACGCUGUGCCAUACUUGGAGGAAACCCGGUAGUACAAGCUCAGAACAACGGGUGGGCGGGGAUCAUAGUGAACGGUUGCAUCAGAGACGUUGAUGAGAUCAAUGGUUGCGACAUUGGAGUGAGAGCUUUAGCUUCUCAUCCUAUAAAGGCUAGUAAGAAAGGACUUGGUGAACAAAGAGUCCCUCUCAACAUAGCAGGCACUAGGAUCUGCGAUGGCGAGUGGCUUUACGCAGAUACUGAUGGCAUCCUUGUUUCUCAUAUCGAGUUAUCGGUUUAGAAACAAGGACAGAAGAGUUGUGAUUUGUUUGAAUGUUGAAGGAAGCUUUGUCUGAAAAAUUUGAUCUUUUUGUCGUUUUGUGGUAAUAAUAAAGAAAAACGUUUCUCUUUUU